UGUAUUCAUCCUGAACAGCUGAGCUUUGUUGGAACAAAAUUCAGUCUACAUACAGGGGCUUCCCAGAGGCGGUGACUGCGAAGGGGAGACCUGUGGAGCUACAGGGACCAGCUCACAAAGACAAGGAAAAGGAGAUCAAAGAAGAUUUAGUAACUCUCAGAUGUUUCAAAUAUCAGGUUGCUGGGACUUUGCUGGUGGUCCAGAAUCCACCUUCCAAGCAACUCUUCAGGGACCAGCAAUCUCUUUUUCCAUCUGAAGAGACCCAGGAAAGGAUUCCUUGACCUGCUAGAGAAACCACGAAGUUUUGUGUCAGGUUGACUGAAGAUAAGGGAAGAUCCCUCAACAUACCUGCACAUCCGCAGUUCUCCUGGGUUCCUGUGGUGGCCCUUGAUGCCUGUUUGUCAGAUGAGGCUUUUGAAAUAUUAGACAUCUCCUUCCAGAGGCAAAUUGUGCCUGGGCAUCUGGAAAAAUUUACAAGUCUUAUUGAGGGCCCCCAAACUGGUGUCCAAGGAAGGCUGGUGCUGGAAUGGAUGGCAAGGAGGGGACAACCUGUCGUGUGACCUACCCUCAAAUUUUCUAAAUUACUCAGUGAACUCAGUAACAGCUUAGGCUGCUACUGUCACCCCUGCUGGAUAAGGAGCACCCACUGAGAAACCAUGCGCUCAAGGGAAGAGGGUUCCACUGCCUCGAGGGAUCUCCUCUGUCACAGAAGCUCCAGAUGCAGCACGGCCUGACUUACACCUUGGUUUGCUGUAGCAAAAGUGACUUAGGACUUCUGGGUCCAGAGUUGUAAGAGACUAAUUUUGUGUUACUUUGAGUUACCAAGUUUGUGGUAACUUGUUAGAGUAACAACAGGACAUUAUACGUGCAAGAAUAUCAAUAUACUCAACACUAAGAUGGAAUCCAGCGUGACACGAGCAGGGUGCCUUGCUUUAACAUGGGCUAGGGAGCUACAGGCAGACUUGAGAAGAGCACGUACACAUACAUUGCUGUCUUUAUCUUGACUUGUUUCUGAUUUUACAGGUUAUGAUUUUGAUAAGAAUAAAGUAGCCCUUUAAUAACUUGAUUCUAUUUUAAAAGGUGUACUGUGCAGACAUCUUCCAUCAGAACUACUGUAUGUUACAUUGUCUUCAAUAAGUUCACAGAACAUGCAUUUGUCAAAACUUGGUUUACCAAAUAUAGCAAAUUUCCAGCUUACCAACAUCACCGAUUUACCAAAACCUAAUUUGUGUCAAACAUAAAUACAUUUUAAGGAGAUUCAUAUUUGGAAGGAAUGACUGAUGUUUUAACACAACUUAAAGUCAGCUAGGUAUUUCAGUUGAUCAAUUACCACUGGAUUUAUUAGAUCCAGUAAAAUGAAUCUGUUGACUUUCAGUGUGGCUUAGCCUUCUAAUGAGUUAACAUUCACUUAGAGAUGUACACAUUCUGAUGUUGUCUACACACGUGCACACAUCGCAAUAUUUCUCAGCCUUUCUAAAGAAGGAUAUAUUGCCAUCCCAACAACAUGGAUGAACAUAGCUGAUGUUAUGCUGAGUGAAAUAAGCCAGACACAGAAAGACAAAUUGUGCAUAACAUCACCUACAUGUGGAAUCUUAGAAAGUGGAAUGUACAGAAACCCAGAAUAAAAUGAUGGUUUUCACAGGCUUGAGGUGGAGGAAAUGUGGAGUUUUUCAGUUAUAAGAUGAAUAACUUUUGGAGAUCUAAUGUAGAGCAUAGUGAUUAUCAUUUAAAUAUUGUAUACUUGAAAUUUGCUUAAUGAGUAGAUCGCAACACACAAAACAGUUAAUUUGUAAGGUGAUGGAUAGGUUAAUUAGCUUGACUGAGGGACUCAUUUCACAAUGUGUAUGUGUAUCAGAACAUCACAUUGUACACUUUCAGUAUAUACAGUGUUUGCCAAUCACACCUCAAUAAAGCUGGAACAAAUAGUUCGUAAAAAGGAAAAAAGGAAAUAAAGAACAGUAUGGGUCCUCUUGCUGCAGAUUCUGUGUAAUAACAGGGGAAAACCACAAAACAGUGAAACAUCUGGGAAAGAACAGGAAGUUUGCUUCUGAGACGUUUAGAAGAAGUGCAGAACUAAAGGACUUAGUUUUUAGAAGUUGAAUCUACAUGAUUUACCUAAGCAGGGGGACAUACUUUGUUAAACUGGAACGCUUGAUUGGAUUUGUGUUGACAGACACCCAAGUUAUUUAGGAUGUGUCCUUUGGAUUAGGUAGUGGGAGAGGUUAGAUGGUUGAUGGGAUUAUAGUUUAUGAGGUUAUAUGAUUGAUGAGGUUAUCAACUGCAUAAAAAGAGAACUCACAUCAGAGCAGUGCUUUGUGUAGAGAGAAGGAAGUUCUGGGCUCUGGAGUGUGUGGACAGCAACCUCAGGAAAGACCUGGCCUCAUUGGAUUUUCCAUCCAUUUGAUUUCUGACCUAGGAACAAGGAGGUGUGUUGAAACUCCUGCAGAGACGACUGUCAGAAGGGCGCAGGGAUCUCACACCCCAGGCCUGAGGAUGGGGAACUGCAUCACCUCCCGCACCUCUGGUGACAGCUUGGUUCCUGAGUCUCCGUCCCACUGGGAUCAGGAGCCACGUCUGGAACAAGUUCCAAAUCUCAUCCAUCUUCCAGUGCCCAGCCUGAUUCACCAAGCAGCACAGCUGACAGAAGAGGAACAAGUGAGGAUAGCUCAGAGAAUCAGCCUUAUAGAGCACCUGCCUCAAGGAGUGUACGGAACUGAUGGGUUGGAAGAAAAGAUCCAGGAGGAGUGUGGGAUCUGUUGGUUGGACUUUGUUUGUGGGGACCCCAUCAGAUCUCUGCCCUGCAAGCACGUCUAUCACCUGGACUGCAUCGACGAGUGGUUGACCAGGUCCUUCAACUGCCCCUACUGCCGGGGGCCUGUGGAUGUUGCAGAGCUUUCAUCCCAGGACACUAAUUGAACCAGGAUCCCUUGUUUGAUUUCAAGUGUCCCAUCAUUUUUAGUUAUUUUGAUAUUUUGUCACUGUGCCCAAAUAGCCAGGGAUUAGGAAUUAAAAUCCUGAACAAAGAUUUCCUAAAAAUUCCUGUUAUGUUGCAGAUGUUGGUAAACAAUCUGUGAUUUGUUGUCAGAAGAGUGGGGAUGGUAUUUUAUGUAAAGCAUUAACCAAGUAUUUACAUGUAUAACUGUAUUUUAAUCUUGUUAUUGCCUCAGUGCACAGGAAUUGUGUAAAGCAUUACAGCAGAUUAUGUUUAAAUUGGGUAUGCUGAAGAUUAGGAAAAAGAUAGUGGUUAUUUUUCCUAAAUAAAAUACCU